GAUGGCCAAAUGACGAAAUCUCGGUGACAGUCCACGGGAAGCAAAUCUGUGAACUAGAAGGGACAAUCCAAGAACAAUAAAUUGCAGAGUACGGCAUGCUUAAGUCGGCAAGCUCCGUGAGCGUCACAUUGUGACGCAAUUUCCAAUUGCUCACAUUCCUUCAAACACUCGCGACACAAUAUGUUCACAACAGCUGAUUUCAACUACUGUUCCUCGAGUCCAUGCCUAAUCACGAAGGCGCCACGGAAACCGAGUCCGUGAGUUCUUCGAAGCCUUUCACCAGCAAAGUCUUGAACGAACAGCAAGAGGAACAUCCGACUUCAGGCACAUGUGACAGUCUCCCCAACUCCCUCAGCCGUCUAGAGCCGUCGAAUUCGAACGCUCCGUACAAUCACCACCGUACCGACUCGGUACUUGCAACUAACAACAGUAGGUACGCCCCAUGGAAAGAUGGCGCGCCCAACAUUAUACUGCGCUGAAACAAUCUAUCCCUCCAAGUUCUAACGACCUCGAGGCACUUAAAUGGCCGAUUCGUCCACAUUGAAGGCCGCCGUGAUAUACCGGAAGCACACCCGGUCCACCACCAUCCAAAGAAAGACCUUCGGACAGAACCAUAGCGCGGCCAGCGCCUGUUCCGGUAGCGAGGGCAAGGAACAUACCGGCAGUAGUAGGUGCACAAGCGGCUGUAGAGCUCUACCGUGACUGGCACCGAGCGAGUCAGCAAAGCGAUCGUGGAAUUGGAAAGUGCGCGAGUCGUCCCACUGUCCUUGUAACGUCUCAAUGGCUUGGGAUCACGGCUGGCUUAAGCCGUUCAACACUGUCACGCGCCAAAUGAUUUCCGUGGGAGGAGUUGAAAUCAUUUGCGGGUAGAACUUGUGCCCAUGUAACGCUUGCGUUCCCCAGCCCAAGAAUUGGCUCCAAGACCUCAAAUCUCAUUCUGCCUAUUCGUUUAACACAGACGAGUCUCCUGAGCCUCAUUUGCCACCUGCAUCGAGCUGCAGAUGGUUUUAAACGUCGAGCGGGUUGACAGGGGGGCGCUACUACUCUCCUCCUCCGCUGAAAGUGGUCACAGUCGGGGGACUAAGAGAGUGAAUUGUGAAGAGGUGUAAUCAAUGCUCCAGGACAUGGAUAUCUUGUUCUGACACGGUGCGUUUGAUACCCGAGCCGCCGGUAGUGUCACUAUCAUGAUCGGGGUUGUUGUCUAGAGGAGGUUUUGCCUCAGUGGGUCGUGCUGAUGAAGGGGUUUAAGGGGUCCGCAUUCUGGUACUUACUCCGCGGGUUUUAGGAAGGUGGAAUAUCCAAAGCUGGAUUGGGUGCUUUCGAACAGUGUGCUUUUUGCAGCGUUGGUGUCCCUUCCCUCGGGUUUAGAAAACGACGGUCUUGGAUUUGGAUUCCCGCGAGCGUACAACCCUGCAUUUUCGGGGUAUCUCCGGCUGAGUACAAAUGGACUGGGGACAGCCUUUGAACAACGACGACGCGAUGGACGACGAGGAUGGGGGGUUUGGAGCCCGAGGGGAGCCUGAGGAAUCGUAUCAAAGCAGAGCCGAAGAGUUCAUGGACUCCGAGCAAGAAAAUGUCUUUGUCAACGGCUUCGGUGAGCCUAAGCAAGACGAGCUUUCUUACCAACGUAAGUCAGAAAUUCGCGUUCGUGAAUUGAAGGAUGACUAUCUCAAGCUCGAGCUGAGGGGAACUGAUCCCAGCGUGGCAAAUGCUCUCCGUCGAAUUAUGCUCGCUGAGGUUCCUACCCUGGCUAUCGACCUGGUCUUCAUUGAGGUGAACACUUCUGUUCUGGAUGACGAGUUCUUGGCACAUCGCCUGGGUCUCAUUCCCAUUUUCAGUGAGAAGGUGGCAAAGGACCUGCUCUUCCCUCAGGAAUGUUCCGAUUGCGAAUGGGAGAACGGUUGUGAACAAUGCUCAAUUUCGUUUACGCUGGACGUGAAGUGUGAGUCGGCCCAGAAUUUAAUUGUUACAAGCCACGAUCUUACUUCAUCAAAUGUUGAAGUUUACCCUGUGUUUUCGAAGAGGAAGGCAAUCGAAAGGCCUAAUGGUUUAGGCGAGGAUGACUUUGAAGCGAUGGAAGAGGAUGAGCAUGACGUAGAUGAUGGAAAGAAAGAGCAGGGCAUAUUGAUAGCGAAGUUAAGGCGAGGGCAGCAGAUAAAGUUGCGAGCCAUAGCCAGGAAAGGAAUAGGAAAGUUUCAUGCCAAAUGGUCUCCGGUCGCAACUGUGUCUAUGUUUUACGAGCCUGAAAUCAUAAUAAACGAAACUCUCAUGAAGACCUUGACACUCAAACAGAAAGGAGAGUGGAUUGCUAGCAAUCCCACUCAAGUUUUCAUGAUUGAUCCAGCUACCGAAGAGGUGAAAGUGAUCAAUGCCGAAGCAUACACUUAUGAUGAAGGCAUAUUGAAGAAAGCAGAAGUUAUGGGAAAAUCAGGACUAGUGGAGAUAGUUCGAAGAGAAGACAUCGUCAUAUUUACAGUGGAGUCCACUGGAGCCAUUCCAGCUUCUUCGGUGUUUUUCAACGCACUAGAAAUUCUACAGAGCAAGCUGACGGCAGUCCGUGAUCCUGCUGAGCGUGAUCUCACUGAAAAUGAAGAAGAGAUAAUGAUUCGAGUAGAAUACGCGAAGGCUGCUAAAAUGAAAGAGAAGAGAACUAAAGCGGCUAACGAAAGAAAAGCGGCUGAAAAAGGUGAUCCUGAAAAAACAGUUUUCGUUAAAGGCUUCGACAAAACCCUGGGCGAAGUGGUGAUAAGGGACAGGCUUAGAGAGCACUUUGCUGCUUGUGGUGCAAUUAUUAGCGUUCGCGUUCCGACCGACAAAGAUUCACAGGAGAUUAAAGGAUUUGCCUACAUCGCCUUCAGAGACAGGGAAGGUUUGGAGAAAGCCUUGGACCUCAAUGAUUCAGAGUUCGACGGGCAGACUCUGGUUGUAAAUGAGGCUGGACAACCAGGAGGUGGCGGCGCUGGAGGUGGCGGUAACCGUGGUGAUCCAGAGAAGACAGUAUUUGUGAAAGGUUUUGACAAAAGCCUUGACGAAGACACGAUUAAAGAUAUUUUGAGGACACAUUUUGAAGGAUGUAACAUCGUCAAAAUACGUGUACCCAUAGACAAGGACUCUGGAGGUGUUAAAGGAAUGGCCUUUGUGGAGUUUGAGGAUAUGGAAUCGUUGUACAAAGCUACAGAACUUAACCAAGUGGAGAAAAACGACAUUACUUUGACUAUAAAUGCAGCUGGGCAAGUUGGAGGAGGUGGCGGUGGUGGAUAUGGAGGAGACGGCGGUGGAGGUGGUCGUGGUCGGGGUGAUCAAGAGAAGACCGUAUUUGUCAAAGGCUUUGAUAAGUAUCAAGACGAAGAAGCGGUUCGAAGCAGCUUGACGGAACAUUUUACUGACUGUGAUAUUGUCAACAUUCGAAUUCCUACGGAUAAGGAGACGGGAGAGAUUAAAGGUAUAGCGUUCGUGGAAUUUAGGGACUUCGAAUCCUUCAACAAAGCUGUAGAGUUGAAUGGAGUAGACAAGGAUGGACAGACCUUGACGGUUAAUGCUGCUGGAGGAGGUGGUGGGGGGGGAGUUACAACUUACGGUGGAGGUGGCGGUGGUCGUAAUCGUGGUGAUUCUGAGAAGACUGUUUUUGUAAAGGGUUUUGACAAAUCUCUCGAAGAAGAUGAGAUUCGUACUAUUUUGACGGCGCAUUUCAGUGAGUGUGAUAUUGCCAGUAUCCGGGUCGUUACUGAUAAAGACAGCGGUGAGAGAAGAGGGUUUGCAUAUGUGGAAUUCUCUGACAUGGACUCGAUGUCAAAAGCUCUCGAUCUGGACAGAAAAGAUGUGAAUGGCCAGACUCUGGUCGUGAAUCCAUCUGGACAGGGAGGAGGAGGAGGAGGAGGAGGAUUUGCAGGUGGUGGUUAUGGUGAUGGAAGUGGCGGAGGAUAUGAAGGUGGAGAGUCUGGAGAUGGAGGCGGAGGUGGCUAUAAUGGAACUUUUGGGGGUUUCGGUGGAGGGGGUGGACGCACUCGCGGGGACCCUGACAAGACAGCCUUUGUUAGAGGGUUCAAUAAAUUCGACUCAGAAGAGUCCAUCCGAAGUUCCUUGAUGUCUCUCUUUUCGGAGUGUGACAUAGUGAAUGUGCGUAUUCCAACUGACAGAGAUACCAGUAGUAUUAAAGGGAUGGCUUAUGUAGAAUUCAGGGACGUGGAAUCAAUGAACAAAGCUCUUCAGUUUGACGGGCAAGACUUCAAUGGUCAGACCUUGGUUGUAAAUCCAUCCGUAGGGGGAGGUGGCGGUGGAGGAGGCGGAGGUGGCCGCAGUCGAGGAGAUCCUGAAAAAACAGCUUUUGUGAAAGGAUUUGACAAGGAACAGCCGGAGGACUUGGUCAAGAGUUCUAUUAUGGAGCAUUUAAGUGGCUGUGAUAUUAUUACGAUUCGUCUACCAAAGGAUAAGGAGACUGGAGAAAUCAAAGGAAUAGCCUUCGUCGAAUUUAGCGACUUUGAAUCGAUGUCAAAAGCUACAUCGCUGGAUGGGGUGAACGUAAACGGACAGAGUUGGAGAAUAAAUGCAUCUGGUCAAGGUUCUGCUGGAGGUUUUGGUGGGGGAAAUCGUGGGAAUCCCGAGAAAACUGUAUUUGUUAAAGGUUUCGAUAAGUACCAGGCAGAAAACUCGAUUAGGACUGCUUUGGAAGAACACUUUUCUGGUUGUGACAUUGUAAAGAUACGCAUACCAACUGGGAAAGACAGUACCGAAGUUAGAGGAUUUGCGUUUAUCGAGUUCGGCGAUAUGGAAUCACUGGCAAAGGCUCUCUCGCUGGAUGGGGAAGACGUGAAUGGCCAAGUUUUGGUGGUGAAUGCUUCUGUUCAAGGAGGUGGAGGCUUUGGAGGCCGCGGAGGAGGAGGAGGAGGAGGAGGUGGUGGUGGUGCCGGUGCCGGUACUCGAGACUCUGAAAAGACUGCCUUUGUGAAAGGGUUCGAUAAGUCUCAGACUGAAGAUUCGAUACGUACUACUUUAAAGGAGCACUUUUCCGAUUGCGAUAUUGUAAAUAUGCGCAUACCAACUGACAAAGACAGUGGUGAUCUCAAGGGAAUUGCCUUCAUAGAGUUCGGUGACAUGGACUCCAUGGCGAAAGCUCUGGAACGAGACGGACAGGAAGUGAAUGGCCAAACGUUGGUCGUGAAUUCAUCGAGUCAAGGAGGAGGAUUUGGUGGAGGUGGAAGGGGGGAUUAUGAUAAAACAGUAUUCGUGAAAGGUUUCGACAAAUCAGACGAUGAGAAUUCGACUCGGGAAGGUCUCACAGAUCUUUUCUCUUCUUGUGGUGAAGUCACAAGUAUUCGUUUGCCUACUGACAGAGAAAGCGGAGGCCUUAAGGGGUUCGCCUAUGUGAAGUUCGCGGAAAGGGAUUCUUUUGUUAAAGCUCUGGAGCUUAACAAUACAGAAUUCAAGGGAAGAAGUUUAGUAGUGAAUGAAGCCGGUCAGCGUGGAAAUGGAGGAGAAAGUACAUACCAAUCAGCUCCAGCGAGCGCUUACAGUUCUGGUGGCUUCAACUGGGACCUAUCAGUCGGUGGAGGGGACGGUGGAGGAUUUUCUUGGGGAGGGUCUACAGUUGGCUAUGAUGGAGGGAGUAGUUUUGGUGGUGGAGGUGGCCAUGAAGAUGGAGGAUUUGUUGGAGGGAGUAGUUUCGGUGGUGGUGCUCGUGGCCGGGGAGAUCCAGAAAAAACAGCGUUUGUGAAGGGUUUUGACAGAGAUCAGGACGAGGAAACAAUACGGGAUACUCUGAAGAAGCAUUUUAUGGAUUGUGGAGUCUCCAACGUGCGAAUACCUACUGACAGAGAUUCGGGAGCAAUCAAAGGGAUUGCCUUUUUAGAGUUUUACGACAAAGAAGGUCUAGCGAGGGCCCUAGAGCUAGAUGGGCAGGAAUGUGAUGGGAGAGCUUUAGUUGUAAAUCAGUCGGGAUCAACAGGGACAGGAGGUACUGGUGGAGGAACUUUUAGUGGUAUCGGAAGCAGUCGUGGUCGUGGCGACCCAGAGAAGACUGCAUUCGUCAGAGGUUUCGAUAAAUAUCAAGGGGAGGAUUCGAUUCGAAAUUGUUUGAAGGAGCACUUCAGCGGUUGUGAUAUUGUCUCAAUCCGUAUACCGACGGACAAAGAUUCAGGAGAAGUGAAAGGGAUUGCCUUCGUGGAGUUUAGUGACUUUUCAUCCAUGUCUCGAGCUCUUGAUAUGGACGGGGUAGACGUCAAGGGUCAGACCUUGGUGGUAAAUCCCUCCACCCAAGGUGUUGGAGGUUUCGGAGCGGGGCAUCGCGGGCGUGGAGACCCCGAAAAAAGCGUAUUUGUCAGAGGUUUUGACAAGAAUGACGCCGAGGAUGCGAUUCGAGAAAAUAUGAAACUCCACUUUGCCUCAUGUGGGGAAGUUGUCAGUGUGCGGAUCCCAACUGACCGAGAUACAGGAGAGAUCAAGGGCAUUGCUUUCGUGGAGUUCAGUGAUGUGAGCUCAGCCUUGAAGGCCAUUGAUAUGAAUGGGGAGGAGUUCAAUAAUAGGAGUUUGGCUGUAAGCGCGGCUGGACAACCUCCCGGAGCUGGAGGUGGAAGCAGCUUUGGUGGAAGUCGGAGUCGCAGUGAUACUGAUAAGACAGCUUUUGUCAAAGGUUUUGAUAGAGCAAAAAGUUCAGAGACGAUACGACGGCUGCUCACUAGUCUUUUCGCCGACUGCGGGGAAAUUGUCAACGUUAGAGUACCUACAGAGAGGGACAGCGGAGACUUGAAAGGGAUCGCUUUCGUAGAGUUCAGCGAGAGAGAAUCUUUAUUGAAUGCGCUACAAAAAGACGGCUCUGAAUUGGAAGGAUACGCGCUAGUCGUUAAUGAGGCAGGUGGCGGAGGAGUAUUCGGAUUGGGUGGUCCUUUCGGUGGCUCACGUGGUAGUCGUGGCGACUCAGAUAAAACUGUUUUUGUCAAAGGGUUUGACAGGUCACAUAGCCCGGAGACGAUUCAACGGAUGCUGCGGGGGCAUUUUGAGAAAUGUGGCGAAGUAGCCAACAUCCGAGUCCCGAUAGACAGAGAUAGCGGAAACACUAAAGGUAUUGCUUUCGUGGAGUUUAGUGACAGAAUCUCCUUCCUGAGCGCCCUUCAAAAGGAUGGCUUGGAUCUGGAUGGUUGCGUCCUUACGGUGAACGAGGCAGGACAAUCUGCUGGAGAGAAAGUUGGAAGAUUCGGGGCAGGAGAUGGAUUGAUUGGCAGCUCAUUUGGAGGAAGUGGGGGUUUUUCAGUCAAUAUAUCAGGUCGUGGUGGUCGAGGUGACAAUGAUAAAACCGCCUUUGUGAAGGGUUUUGAAAGGUCGAUGAAGGAGGAUUCGCUGCGAGAAGGAUUGAGAAACCACUUUGCUGGCUGUGGUGAAAUUGUAAACAUUCGCAUACCAACAGACCGAGACAGUGGAGGCAUCAAAGGGUUCGCCUAUGUUGAAUUCACUGAUCUGGAAAGCCUGGCAAAGGCCCUACAGCUCAAUGGUUCAAGUUUUGAAGGGCGACACCUAGUGGUGAAUGAAGCUGGUCAACCUUCCGCAGGCGGUGCUGGUGGAGCCUUCGGUGCUGGAAGUCGUGGGGAUCAAAGCAAAAGCGAGAGAUCAGUAUUUGUUAAAGGCUUUGAUCGGAGCUUAAAUGAAGAGCUUACUAGAAAAGCUUUAAUUAAGCAUUUCGCCUCUUGUGGCGCUAUAUCUGAUAUCCGGAUUCCAACGGACAGAGACUCAGGAGAUAUUAAGGGGAUCGCGUUCGUGGAGUUCAAGGACGAGGCAUCACUGGCCAAGGCCUUGCAGCUAGAUGGUUCAGAGUUGAAUGGAAGGUUUCUACUGGUGAACGAAGCUGGACAUGGUCAACGAGCGGAGGGGCAUGAUGCUGGUGGGUCACGGCAUGGAACAGUUAUGGAUAUCGAUGGAGGUUUUGGCUGGGAUACACCUCUGCCUCCAGCUGAAGAUGAGAUGAUUGAUAGCACUGAUCCAUCGUUCUUUACGUGGUGAAAUUGGACUGUCAAUCAGCGUCCGUUCUUCAAGACUAUAUCUGGGUUUAGCUGCAUGUUGAGUUUCCACUGCAGUUUGUGGCGACCUUCGCUCUCAUAGUGCACGGUUUGAGCGGCAUGCGAAGUUUAUGUAGACGUGUACAAACUUUGUAAAGACUGCGCCUUCGCCUUCCCUGUAUUCAUGGAGCAAGUUUUGAGGUGAAGGUGAAUCAGAGAGCAUACUGUUACCCGGUUCUACCAUAUUUAGCUGACAACCUCAGAUCUUCAGCUUUACUAUGCGUUCAGAUAGGCAUCCAAGCAACUCAACUUGAGCAGAUUUUAGCUGAUCUUGGAAAUAGGUGGUCUGGUUUUGUAGAACUGUACCUUACAUACAGGAAAAAGUAAUGAAAGCUGGAGGUUAGAGUAGAAUGUAUGGAAAUUCUAAGUCUGAGCAACUAUCUUGUUAUAUGGGCUAUGCAAAGAGCAGCAACACCUUGCUUUCAGACCGGAUAUGCCUGGUGCACAAUCUUUAUCUUUAUGGAG